AUGAAAGAUAUAUUUAUCAAGAAAAAGAAGCAUUCAACGGAGAGUCGCUCAUCACGGAGUUCUGGAAUCUCCAAAGGUUUGAGCAGCUUGAAGAUCGAUACGGAAACCCAGACUGGAAGUUUGGAUGAUGCCAAAUCUGCUAAAGCAUCGUUUUUGGAGAAGUACGCACCCAACUACAAGAAUAGAAGAGACAGCCAGAUUUCUCCAACCGAUAUAGGGCUGGAAGAUACACAAGAUGAGAUAACACAGUUACCGGGUGUUGAUCGGAAUCAGCGGUUUGGCAAGAGUCCGAAUACAAAUGGUGAGAAUUCUGGUGCCGGAGAUAACCAGACAUACAGAAGCUUUCAAUACUCGUACAACUCAAACACAAACUCAUUGUUCAGUUCAAGAAAGACGAUGUCGACCAGCUCGUCUACACAGCCGUCGGAGUCUCUCUAUUCGUACAAGAAAGGACUUCGACAAGUCUCAAAUUAUGAGCAAAACCCCGUUGUUGGCUCAUUUGGGCUUCCUUUGAGGGUUGUUCAUGAAGAAGAGCUGGAAAACGAGGAGCCAGUGACGAGCGAGUCGAAGAAGAGUCGAUCGAGCAGUCGGCAGUAUCGAAGGUCGUCGAUUCACUCUGAAGACGAGCGUAAGUCUUUCGAUAUAUCGUCAUUUUAUCGCGGACACAUUGAAAAAGUAGCACAUUCAACUCAGGCAGCACCGGUGACGGUACCUACUGUAGAGGAGUACGAGGACAAGCUUCUGGAGGAAUUCAUACUUCGGAAGCUCAAGCUUCUUUCAUUGGCUGUGUCGAAUAUCAUGAUCCAGGUGGUGCAGUCUGUGGUUAAUCUUACAAAAGCUUCCAUUAGCAUCAGUGAGUGCAUCACAAGGACUACCGAUACGAUUGCAAACAGUGACUUGUUGGUCCAUCUAAAGCCUUAUCAGUUUAACACUUCGUCCUCAGCUGGCUUGAGGAGACUUAUCAAGUAUGUGUUAAUGCUAGUUGACAACCUGCUCGUCGAUAAGGCAUACGACAGCUCCAAGUCACUCGUCCUUAAGAGUCUAUACAAGCUCUUUGUCAAGUUGAAGCUUGUCGAGUGCUCAAAUGCCGAUAUCAACGGUAUUCAGAGCUACGUAUCGCUAAUGGCACCCGAGUUCUUCCCUAUCGGACUAACGGUACAGAAUUCAUCACGUCAACAGGAAGUUGACGAUAUAUUCACAGCCUUGAUGUCGAAAUCUCGCCAGAAGAUGUUUUCCGACCAGGAGGGUUCGUUUGUCGCUCCAUUACUGAGAGGUUUCGUGAAUGAGAACCUAAGUGUGAUCACAUUCGCGUUUGGGUUUCCAGAUCCAACCAAGGAGCACAAGGAUGUGAUUAAGUACUUCUCAGCCAACUCGGAUGAUCUCCAUUUUCUGGUUUUGAAGGAUGCAAUUGUGUCCUGCUCGUCCAAAGCUGACGAAACUUCGCAAUCUACCACCCAGCAGUCCACUAUUGCACAUCCAGUGCUGAAAUUCAAGUCACCAUUCCGGAUAAUGGAGGAAGAUGUGGACUAUGUUCCAAUUUCGAUGUCUCUUUCUUGCAAUAACUCACUUACCCUUUCCGGAACGUUGGGCGGCUACGUUUACCCGAAAAUUCCAAAAACUUGCAUAGACCCAAAGCUGUUAAAAUACCAGGGUGCAAUAUUUGGGUUGACUUGUGCUCAUGUUGUUUUGAAUGAGACCAUACUUACUGAAAACAACGGUGAUCCGUAUCCGUUUGUGUCGGUUCCUUCACCGGUGUUGGUGAAUUUGUACCGAAAUGCUUUAAACAACGAGAGACUCAAGUAUGAUUCAAAAAUGCCGGAGUACAAUGCGUAUGACCAGGCAGUGAAAGAACUUGACAGACGGUUUCCUGUUCAGGAAGUGAAGAUCAGGAACAGAAUGAUCAAACGGAACUUGCCUGCUAAGAGAUUCGGGCAGAUAGUUUGGGGUGAGCGUAUUGUGAAGUCGGAGAAGUUAUCCGAUAUGGCUAUAAUUAAGAUAAACGUCGAAAACAAAAAGCAGUAUUUGAACUUCUUGGGUGAAGACUUGAAUUUGAGCUCGCUGGAUCCAUCUUUGAUAUUGUCGAACCUCUAUAUCAAGGAGGUGGUGAGCUUGUAUCAUGCUAAAGGUGGCCUACUAAACAGAGCGAACUUGAAUGUGUUUAAGGUUGGUGCCACGACUAAUUUUACCACCGGAAAACUUAACGGUAUGAAGAUGAUAUACUGGUCUGAGGGUCUGCUAAAAACAAGCGAGUUUGUCAUCAGUUCCAGCAGAAGAAAGAACUUCGCCUGUGGAGGCGAUUCGGGCUCGUUUAUUCUGUCAAAACUGAGCGAUAUCAAUACAAACUCUGUGGAAAGAACGCAACGAGAAAUUCAACCAGAUACAGUCUAUCCUCCGGAAUCGUCCCGGAGGUCUGUUCUCUCUUCAUUCAUCGAGAGUUUUAUUCCGUCGGCAUCUGUCCAUCAUGAGGAUUCUCAUCCAAGUGAAAAAGAUGCUGAAGCUCCAAAGUCUCCACCUACAGGUCUUGGGCUUGUGGGAAUGCUUCAUUCCUAUGAUGGUGAAUUAAAGCAGUUCGGUCUUUUUACACCGAUGACUUCAAUUCAGGAAAGACUUCAUGAAGUCACUGGUUUGGAAUGGGGAGUCGUUGGUUGUGAAGAUGAUGAAUUGGCGAUAGACGAAGAGAUAGAAGGCAGUGCGGUUAACGAACAGUCCUCCUCUGACAGUGUAGACUGA